CAACCCAAAGUUCUGGAUUGGGCUUCAGACCGCGAUUAUUGACCUGACAAACGUCAGAUGAACUAUUGGCUCGAGCAUAUUCCAUGGAGGAGAAAGUAGCACGAACGAGACUCGGAGACUGUGUGCUGUAAAAUACACCGUACGUGAUGGCGAGGACUAUCUUUUCCAGAUUGCUUCGACCGUCGGACCGACGCAUGUCAAAGUCUGGCAGCUUCGCCAAGAGUGUUAUCACUGAACAUUUUCCGCCAGUACCCAUGUCAGUUUCGACAAUCUCACCGUACCCAAGUGUUCCUGCAAGGAUUGAGACGAUAAGGGUAGCGGAUGCGUCGGGAUUGCCGCCAAACUCUGUCCCGAUGCCAUGGAUGAUGUCCAGGAAAUUUCUGGCUGGAAAGUGUAAACAUUGGGGUACAACCUUGAGCCUCUCACCGCCGAGUCUCGGAGCCAACAUGACUGCUCUCACAAAAUCAAAAAAGACAACGCAAAUGGCGGUGGCAGCUUUCCUUUUCAAUCAGUUAUUAAUCUGCAAUACUGAAGAGCACGCGCUCGUCCGCGAAUUCCGUAGGUCAUUUCGGCGACAAAGUACUCAGUUAGUACUAGUAGUUUGAUGCAGUCUAGACUCUCCCCCACAGCUCUCAUUCAACAUACCCUUCCACAAAUGGGUCAUGGGUAUCUCAGGCGUCGCAAUUACAUGCUGGCAAGACACUUCAAGCCGUAACAAGAUCCCGAAGGCAUCGCAUAUCAGAUCACGAAGAUUCACUCGACCUCAGU